UAGUUCAAUUAAAAGAAGAACGCCAGGGACAUUUUACCAUCCCCAGACGAACGAGACCCAGUUCUGCCAGUGAUUUACUCUUGUCCUGACACACACCGCCGCUGACUGAUUGCCGGUCACUGGCCAUGAGACCACGUCAGAUCAUCAGUCCCAGCUGUCACAGACCCUCUUUUAAAAUACAGAACGUACUCCGUCACACUUUUGAUUUACAGUGAGGACACAUCCUCACGUCCUGAUUAAAAGUAUCCCAUCUGAUGAGCCUCCAGCAGAAGCGCCUUUGGUCAGACAGGAGCAAACACACACCAGGAUCAUCCCUUCAGUGCCAUGGACAGACUAUCCUCAGGACGUCUUCUUCCACGACUUGCUUUUUUACUUCUGAUUGGUGCUCUCAACGUUCAUACUAGAAGCCUUCUAAGUCCAGUCAACCAGGUGUUCCAUUCAGUGGAGGAUUCAGAUGUGCAGAACCAGAUCUUGGCAUUUCUGCUCCGGAAAAACAUAAUGCCUGUGCAAGAAAAGGUUGCGAUAGAACUCGAGCUGGCCAGAAAAAUCACAGAGCUGCAGGAGCUUGCAGCCCUUCAAGAAGAGCUAAAUGUAGAAAGAAAAUUGGUGUCAAACGCAAUAGAAAAAGAGGGAUCCAUGAUCAGCAAAAGAGAUGAUGCCUGUUUCUGGAAAUACUGUGUUUGAGGAUGUCGAAGUGAAGAACCAGGAACAAGAAAACCUGCAAAAUCAUCUAAUGCCUUAAGAUGUGUCAGACGAGCAGAACUGUUUUUCAGAUAUGGAAUUAUGUGUAUUCAUAAUGUGUCAUGAUAAUGUACUCAUGGCUGUACUCUUAUAACAAAAACCUAUUUUAUGUCAAUGGCAUCUCAAUAAAAAAUC